AUGCCCCCUCCCUUCCGCAUUAUCAUUCUCUCGGCGAAGACUAAUGUCGAGAAGGUGAAGCGGCUAAGAUCUUGGGUUCAUAAUUACGAUUGGGGAAGAUGUGGGAUGGAGGCACAGGUGGCGAGGCUUUUGGCUUUGAAUUCUGGGUUUGAGAUUAAGCCUGAUAGGCCAUAUGCUGAGUUUUGGAUGGGAACCCAUGACUCAGGGCCAAGUUUUAUGGCUGAUAACAAUGGAGAAGGUGGGAAUUUGGGUUUAAAAGAUUGGAUUUUGAAGAAUACGAAUGUGUUUGGUCAUAAGGUUUUGAAAAAAUGGGGGCCUAAUCUUCCUUUUCUGUUCAAGGUACUUUCAGUGGAAAAACCCCUUUCAAUACAGGCACAUCCGGAUAAAGAAUUGGCCAAAGAAUUGCAUAAGUUGAAGCCAAAUCUCUAUAAAGAUGCUAAUCAUAAACCUGAGAUGGCUUUGGCCGUAACAAAAUUCAGGGCCCUUUGUGGGUCCAUUACUCUUGAGGUAAAACAUGAAUCAUGCUCGGUUUUUGGUGGUGGAACUUCCCUUUCCUGGUUGUCUUCUUCAAGUGUUUUUACUGUAGUCACCAAGUGGGCAGUUGUUGUAACUGAGGGUUGUAGGAAAAUAAUGCUGCAGUACUAUGGGUUUAAACUAGCAUCUGAUGCAAGAUAUGGGCUAUUGGGCUGCUCUUGCUGCUUCAGAUCCGUUCCACUUCUGAUCCGCUCCAAAGGUAAAUUGUCUUCAUUUCCCUCUCGUGCCAUAAUUCCCAAUCUAUCAUUCUCAAUCCCUAACCCUCGUCUCAUUUCCCCCAAUUCUCCUUCAUCCUCUUCGCGUUCACGCCCUUCUCCUCCCACCAUGACAAUACCCACCCCUCGAGAGGAUCCUUGUCCCCAAGGAUCAAAAGACGGAAAUUGGCCUUGGAGCACUGAAUAA